AUGAAUAUUUUUUGUACAAAGUUAUCACGAACUUUUCAUAAAUAUCUACGUUUUCAGAUAUACACCAGACGGUUGACGUGGAAGAUUCCACCACAGUGUUUCAUAGCAGUUCUUCUCUUCACUAAUUUUUUAGUUCCGUUGGGUCUGCCGUCGGUAAUACUAGAGAAAUUAGUACGAAUAUGGAUGUUUGGACGAUUGUCCUGUCAUGCGCAUCAUAUUCUCACGAAUGCCGGGCGAGUAGUGAUACCAUGGACUAUAGCGGCACUUCACGCGUUUGUGGCAAUGUACCUUCGCCGACCGAAUCGUCUAACGCGUUUUGAAGGAGUGCUGACAGCUAUGGCUUUUUCAUUCCUUACACUGCUCGUUUUGCUCAUCGUCAUUCCUCAGGGAUUGGCUGCAGAGCUCGAACUGAUCCGCAAGGAUGAGAUUGAUAGCGAUCAGUAUAUCAUGCUGAUCCAUACCUAUCGGUGUUACGUGAAGCCAGACCUGUAUUCGGUGACGCAGUUGGCAAAAUUUGCCUUUGAAUUUGCAGUACCGCUUCUGAUGUCCAGCUACCUGCAACUGCUAAUAACGUCGAGGGCCAAGCUCAAGUCGAGCAAGUCUGUCUCGAGGAAUCUGAUUUGCAUUCUGUUCAUUCAUUAUUUUUGCAAUAUUCUACACUACGUUCCAGAAGCCAAACGAAAUAUGCUCUUCACCGCUCUACCAGAAGAUGCCGAUCUAAAGCAGCUAUUACCGUAUCUUUCGCCAACGCUUAUUUGGUAUCCACUUAGCGAGUUGUCUGCCAAACUCAGUCGAUGUCAUUCUGACAAAAUCGAAGACGAUCUCUCACGAUCACGGGUUUUGGGACGAGCCACUGAGACGGAAAGAUUGCGCCUAAUGACUCCACGGGAUCUUUAA